ACGCAAACCGUAAGUGACGCAGAGGGUUCAAAACACGUUAUAAACGUAACCGGCUUUUUCUGAGCUUCAUCUUCACCACACCAAGUUGCAGCCGUCCAGAAAGAACUACUGUCAUCCCCCGGGUUGCUAUAGAAACAGUUGUCUUUAAUUUGUCCAUGGUUUCACUCUCUUCAGGAUCUGUUAGUGGCUGAUGAAGGUAGUUAGCACCGCUAGCAUAGCUGGUGAACUUUCAUCAUCAUCUCUGCUCAGUGACUGAGGUUCAACUUUAACCAGCUUGCGGGAGGCACCUCGGUAGGAAAAGCUGACUCAGACUCGGGCGCUGGAGCUUAACUUCAAAAUAAAUGUACAUAAAUAUAUUGUUUUCUCAUAGCAGUGUGCUAGCCGUUAAAACCGUUCCAGUUGGAACAGCCAGGCUCACUUCCUUGUGCCGUGUUCGAGGUCAUUCUGUAGCCCCAUCUAAAGCAGCUGUUUCCGGGAUACAAAACAUGAAGAGCCUCCCGUACUUCUGCCGAGGAGAGGUCGUUCAAGGAUUUGGAAGAGGAAGCAAAGAACUCGGAAUUCCCACGGCCAACUUCCCGGAUUCGGUGGUGGACAAUCUUCCAGCAGACAUCAGCACAGGAAUCUAUUAUGGCUGGGCAUGUAUCGGGAAUGGUGACGUUCACAAAAUGGUGAUGAGCAUCGGCUGGAACCCGUAUUACAAAAACACAAAGAAGUCCAUGGAGACGCACAUCAUUCACAAAUUCAAAGAAGACUUUUAUGGACAGACUCUGAGUGUCGUUCUGGUGAGCUACAUCCGCUCAGAGAAGAGCUUUCCCUCACUCGAGGAUCUCAUAGCGGCCAUCAACAGUGACAUCGAGGAGGCCAAGGUUCAGCUGGAGCUCCCGGAGCACAGCCAACUGAAAGAAGACAACUUCUUCACCAGCACGACCAACUCGUCUCCGGUCUCUUCCUCGUCCGCUGCAUCCACGUCUCAGAGCAUCAUCAAUGGUCACUGAUGGCUGGCAGAGAGGGCAGCGCUUUGUGCCCUGAGUACGUUUCUGUUUACAUGUACAGCCUUAUUAUAAAAUCUGUCAGUUGUCACAUAAACAGUCAACCUCUGUGUCUUUUCACGUGGUUCUGUGUUAAAACGCUAUUUUUCUGGCAUCAGUUGUUAAACUGCACACAGCCUGAACUGUAUAUAUUCUUGCAAUAUUAUCUGGACCUUCUGUAUAUUUUGAAUCUUUUAGUAGAGAGGACAAAUAAAAGUCACUGAUCAGAUGUUUUUUUUUUUUUAAAUUAAAUGAACCAUAAACGUAAAAAAAAGAUAACUCAUUAUCUUCAUAUACCUAAGUCAGCAUUGCAGCAUCAUUGUCCAUAAAAGAUAAUAUUGCGUAGUUCAUCACCAUCAAAACUAUAAUUAAGUUGCAACUUAUGUAACCUUCAUGAUGAGUUUUACUAUUUCAUGCUGCCAACACCGUCUGCUGCAGUGUUUCUGUUGGAGAAACACUGCAGAAAACUGUUUCUAUCUGUCUGAAAUCCUACAUUUAACCAGAUUUGGUCGAAGCAGAAUACACAAAGACGUUUUAAGAAGUUAUACCACAUACCACUGCAGGAUUUGAAUUUGUUGAUGCUUGAUAUCAAGGUCUUGGUUUUAUCAGCCAAGGUGAUGAACGAUUUGGGGAAAAACACUAAGCUUGAAUGACUAAGCAUUUUUUUCCCCCUUUUUAUUAGUUAUAGUCAAGCAUUUUUGAAUGAUUAGACUAAAAAAUGUUAUGUAUUUAAUGUGUAUAUACAGCAAAAGCCUUACAAGUUUAUGAACAUGAUUUAUUUUUAUAUAAUCGUAUGUGAAAGUUGGAAACAGACAAACUAUUGCCCUUUAAAAAAUAUUCAGUUUUUGUGAAUGUGUUAAAAGCCCUUGAAGGAGUAUUUUCUUUUUACUGUUUUUUUUAAAUUUGAGAUAACAGGAAACUGUGGAUGUGAAGUUUUUACAUUCUCUGUAAAGCCUGUUGUAAUUGCUGGAAACCUGCAUCUGUAAUUUUGUAGGUCUAUUUAAUUCAUUAAAGCCUUUCUGAGGCCUGAAAUUAU